GUGAAAAGGUCCAUGCUCUUUACCUUUUUUGGGGGGGUUAAACACUCGGCUUUUGUGAAGUCUUCCUGAUUGCAUACCUGGGUUCUGUCUACCAUCUGUUACACGUCAACUGUUAAUAGUAAUACCGAUAAUUUUAGGGCUGUUUCCGUUGGGUUCAUUAGAAAUGCAUACAAAACGGUAGGCCCCAUAUAAAGGACCGCCGCCACUAUCAUGUAUUAAGUACAUGUACAAUCACCCUGUGGUUGCGUUGGGGCCACACGCAGACUUCUAACUCAAGUUGGAUUUCUCGGACAGGACUGACUCAUUGACUGGUAUCAUCAUGUCUCCUUCCUCGUGCUUGAUUGCCUUCCUGCUGGUUGAAUUGUUAGUAACACAUCCCGCCUGGGCAAUUAAGAAAUUGGGGCAACCGAUCUUUGGCCGCGCAGGUGGGGACGACCAAACAGUGCAACAAACGAUUGAGGAUUUGGACGACGAGUGGGUUGCUCGCGUUGAACAAAACAGUGUGGACAGCGUCAUGGAGUUGUAUGACGAUCAGUGUGUUUACAUGCCACCAGGCGGACCCUCUGCUACUGGACAUACCGCCGUGGAACAACUCAUGAGCUGGAUCAAUGGCGUAGGGACAGUUACCAAGACGAUUGAAGAAGUGACGCGUAUGGAUGGCAGCGCCUCUUACGUCUACCAUCGCGGGAACUUCCAGGCAACGAACAAGAAUGGCGACACCGUCAUUGAUGGAAAGGAGCUGAUAAUUUGGAAGAAGGAUGGCGACAGUUACAAGAUCCACGUGCACAUGUAUAACAAAAAUAACUAAAACGCGAGGGCGUCGUACCGGAUGUGGAGCCCUCAACUGUGCAAUGGCCUCUGUGGAAUUAUUUUCAGAAAAUAAAAUUCGAUUUGCCUGUCAUGUCUCUUGAUUAAAAUUUGAAUUAACUUUUAGACUAACCCUUUUGCUUGUUUUUCCAAAGACGCCUGACAGAGUAACAUACGGCAGAUAUAUUUUUCUUCUUAAUAGGAAACGUUCUUUAAAAAAAAAAGAAACGACUGAUGCCCCUUGAAUUGUACGUGCACUUAGCACGACAGAGAAAAAGAAAGCAAAUUUGGCGUUACUGCAUUCUCGGAGAAAUCUGCCAAAAAUUGAAAACGUGUCGUUGCACAAUAAGAUUCAUUAGAUUUCAUUUAUUCAUUUCAUUUAUUUAUCUAAAUAAAUCUAAUUUAUUUAUCUAAAUAAAUCAUUAUCUAAAUAAUGGGAAUUUGAAAUUAGUCAACAUCUAUCGAAUUAGCCCUCGCUGUGGAUUAACUCAUUGCUCAUUUGUUCAUAGUGUAAGGAAAUUAACCACGCGUUGUUCUCAAUGCCCAAUAGGUUUGUUGUUGCGGUGGUAAACGGUAAGAACAAAACCCAAAACAUUAUUGCUGCCAUUAUUUGUUCAUCUGCUUGGUUUUUGUGGGUUUGGGUUUUUUAGGGGGUUGUGGUUUUGUGUCUUUGUUUCGUUUUGGUAUUUUUAAUGGGUUCCUCUUCAGCGUCCGCAUUCCUGUCUAUACUUUUUUUACCCCGAAGAUGGUUUGCGUGGAAGCUGUUUCCUUUCUUUUCUGGAAAAGUCAUUUUUCACGGUAUAAAUCAAGGGAUUUGGGGUGUUAUCCUUGGCUUUUCAUCACUGUGACAGUCUGUCAUUGCUACUUUGUAGUCUCUUUAGCAUGCUCUCCAAACACGUGAGAAUUUUGUGACCUUUCCCUGUUUGUGUUAAAAGAAAGGUGUUGUUUAAAGAAGAAAGAAGAAAAAAGAAAAAUGAUGAUCCAACCGAAUGUAUAUUCGAACUUUGUCAGAAUCGUAUUUUACUCUAAAAAUCGAUCUUAUAAAUUACUGUUAUGAGAAAUACGAUGCAUCGUGAUUCAUGUGGCUCUGUGACCAUUGAAUUAGCACGCUUCGUUCCCUCAACAAAAAAGUAAACAUUUAUCCAUUGAAUAGUCGCAGAAUUGUAUCUUUCUUUCUUUGUUUCUCCAGUACACAAGUGCAUCGACAGUCGAUUAGUAUAAAUUUCAGAAGUGGGGUAUGUCUGGAUGUUUCUGUUUCGAUUUUAAGUUUGCAACAGGUAAUUGGCUCGUUACUGUCAAACAAAGGCUUUUCCAGAAUAAACUUUCUGACAAUUUCAAA